AUGGCGGAGAAGCGAAAAGGCAAGAAACGUAAAGAUGAUUACAUGUCAAAGGAUGAUGUUGUCGAAAAACCGUCUAAGGAUGAGAUCAAUGUGGCAAACUGGCUGAAAAAAAAUGUUCCCAUCAAGAAAACCAAAUUUUUGUCCCACAAUGUUAUUUAUUUUACAGGUAAGAGGGCGGUGGACGCCUUGGUGGAGUCCAAAUUCUACAAUGAAGAAGAUGGACUCUUCAAGUCCAGAGACCAGAUCGUCAACUUCAUGGACUUGAUGUUGAGCCACAAGUUUUACCACCGCGCUCGUAAGGUGCCCAUUUCCGACGCCGAACUCAAAGCGAAAAGGAAGGACAAAAAGGAGGCGAAAGACUCCGAAGACGACAAAAAUAGAGAUGGGAAGGGGACCGACGCGGAAAGCAGCGUCGUCGAAUCGAAACAAGACAAAGAGGUGUCGAAAGAGAAGAAGAAGAAGAAGAUUCGUUUGGAGAUGCACAACGAUCAGAGAUUCGUAGAUUCGUUGGACGCUUACGUUUGGAUCUACGACCCCAUACCGCUGUACUAUUGGGUUAUAGGUGCUUUUUCGUUGUUGGGUUGCGUAGGUCUUUGCUUGUUUCCUCUAUGGCCGCAAUCUGUCAGAAUCCUGGUGUACUAUCUUUCGGUGGCCGCGGCGGGUUUCCUCGUCUCCAUCAUCGUCCUGGCGGUGCUCCGUCUGAUUUUCUUCUGCCUGGUGUGGGUGCUGACGGCCGGAAAGCACCACAUCUGGAUCCUUCCCAACCUCACCGAAGACGUCGGCUUUUUCGCCUCGUUCUGGCCGCUCUACACCUACGAGUACCGCGGCGAGGGGUACGUGCCCCCCAAGAAGGGCAGGAAGAAGAAGAAGGACAAAGACUCCGAUGCCGAGGAAGAGAACACGACGGAGAAGACCUCGAAGAGCGUCCAAGAUGGCGGCGAAGAAACCGUUUCGGCGGAGGAAAGGCUACCCGAAGCGGCUAGCGGUGCAGAAAAUGUUGCGCAGGUGUCAGAAAGCGAAAGCGAGUCCAGUCAACGAUCCAGCACCGGAAAAGAUUUCGAAAUGGUCGAAGAGGUGGAACUUAUCUCUUAA